UUAGUUCCCUUUCUCCUCUGCUAAUCUUUUCAUGAUUUGUUUUUGUAAUCAGUUUAGCUUAUAAAUUUGUAAAAUACAAUACAUAGAUGAAUUUAUAAUCACAUAAGAACUAAUAUCACGCACGUGCCAUUUAUUCUCUACGCCUCUCCCUAUAUAAAGACUUUGUUCCCUCCUUGAGCUUCCUCUGCAUUAUAUAAAAAUGGCGAAUAACAGCUUCAACAAUGGUGAAGGAGAAGGUUCCAUCGACGGAGACAUACUCGAAUCGAUUCUCUCUUAUCUACCACUUCUCGACCUCGAUUCCGCUUGCCAAGUCUCCAAAUCAUGGAACCGCGCCGUCUUCUUCUCUCUACGCCGGUUUAAAAUUGUGCCGUGGUUGUUCCUCUACAGCCAGAAGACUUCUCCGCCGUAUACCAUGUCGGCGACUGCGAUGGCUUACGAUCCUAAGUCCGAUUCAUGGACCGAGCUUAAGUCCACGUCAUCAUCUUCCGUCCAACACGUGUCCGUAGCUCGAUCCUCUCACUCCACGUUGCUCUACGCUUUGUCUCCGGCGGGGUUGUCCUUCUCGAUCGACGCGUUUCACCUCACAUGGAGACACGUGGCGCCACCGAGAGUGUGGAGGGUCGAUCCGAUCGUCGCCGUUGUCGGACGGAGUUUGAUCGUAGCCGGCGGCGUUUGCGAUUUCGAGGAGGAUAGAUUUGCCGUUGAGAUUUUCGACGUCGGAUCCGACGACGGCGCGUGGGAGAGAUGCGAAUCGAUGCCGGAUUUUCUCUACGGAUCCGCGUCGUCCACGUGGCUUUCCGUCGCGGUUUGUUCGGAGAAGAUGUACGUGACGGAGAAGAGAUCAGGCGUCGCGUGUAGCUUCGAUCCAGAAACCAAAUCGUGGACGAAGCUUCUGGAACUCUGUCCCGGCGGGUGUAGACUAUACUCUCGUUCGAUUGGAUUCUCAGGUGAGAGUCUAAUCAUGGCUGGGAUCACCGGAGGAGAAGAUAAUCCGACGGGAAUCGAACUUUGGAAAGUUAUAGUUUCCGACGAAUCACCGAUGGAUGCGAGAUUCGAAUCGAUUGGGUCUAUGCCGAGGGCGUGUUUUGAUAAACUCAGAAGAGCUGAUUCUGAUUGGCCGUUGACGACGAUAACGUUUAACGCGGUGGGAGAUAUGGUUUACAUACAUGACGCGGCGGAGAACGGCGGAGAGAUUGUGGCGGCGGAGAUUGAAGGAGGAAAGCUUUGUAAGUGGAGGACUCUGCCAAACGCAGACGCUAUUUUGAAUAAAAGUCACGCCGCGGAGAGAGUUAUCGUUGCGUGUUCAAACGUUGGUUUUAGCGAUUUGAAAUUCGCGUUUAAGAAUAAUUUGAGUUUCUCAACGUAGAAUGAUCUAACAAUCGUGUCCGUUAAAAUUAUCAAAGUUUCAAGUUAAUUUCAUCGUCUGUAGUGUACGUACUAUUGUUCAUUGUAUUCAUUAGAUGAAUUAAGUUACUAAUAAACGAAUUAGCUAAA